AUUGCGGGCAGCCCCGGCGGGUGGCAGCGGUGGCGGCGGCAGCAGCGGGGCACCGCCUCCUCCUCACACUCCCGAGGUGGCGGGGUUAGAUGAGCGGCCCUAGUAGCGGCGAGGGCGGUGCGGGGGGCAGGAGGAAGAGAAGGAGGAGGCCGCUGUCUUUGUAGUCUCCCUGCUGCGGGAGUGGAAGGCCACCGCCGGAGCCGUCGUCGUUGGAAAAGGGCUGUGUGUGCGCGCGCGUGUCUGCCUGCCCGGCCCGUGGGGACGAGGCAGCGGUGGCGGCGGCGAGGAUGAUGAUGUGCGCAGCGACUGCCUCCCCCGCCGCCGCCUCCUCGGGGCCCGGUGGGGACGGAUUCUUCCCAGCUGCCACCAUCUCUUCCUCCCCGGCGCCGGGGGCGCUGUUCAUGCCGGUUCCCGAGGGCUCCGUGGCUGCGGCGGGGCUGGGGCUGGGGCUGCCGGCCGCGGACUCCCGGGGUCACUACCAGCUGCUGCUGUCAGGCCGGGCCCUGGCCGACCGCUACCGGAGGAUUUACACAGCUGCGCUCAGUGACAGGGACCAGGGGGGCAGCAGCGCUGGACACUCGGCCUCCAGGUCAGCUAAACAGAAUCUGGUGGCUUCUUGGGGAGAAACAGGAAGGACACUUCAGGCCAUCUCUGCUAUCCUCACCAACAAUGGCAGCCAUGCUUGCCAAACUAUUCAGUCUGAAAACUUGGAGAAUACGGUAAUCAUACCAGAUAUCAAACUACAUAGCAAUCCUUCUGCAUUCAAUAUAUAUUGCAAUGUACGCCAUUGUGUUCUGGAAUGGCAGAAAAAGGAAACAUCACUGGCAGCUGCUUCUAAGAACUCUGUGCAGAGUGGAGAAUCAGAUAGUGAUGAAGAGGAGGAAUCCAAAGAGCCCCCAAUCAAGCUUCCAAAGAUCAUUGAAGUUGGACUUUGUGAAGUUUUUGAGUUGAUCAAGGAGACGCGAUUUUCUCACCCAUCACUGUGCCUCAGGAGUCUCCAAGCCCUGCUUAACGUGCUUCAGGGUCAGCAGCCAGAAGGCCUCCAGUCAGAGCCACCUGAGGUUCUAGGUAAGAGCGCAGGGGCAUUGAAUGACGCUGUUAAUGUGCCAACAAUUCUAAAUUCACUACAGAGAAGUGUACAGGCAGUGUUGGUGGGAAAAAUUCAAAUUCAGGACUGGUUUAGCAAUGGCAUUAAGAAAGCAGCAUUAAUGCACAAGUGGCCAUUGAAAGAAAUAUCAGUUGAUGAAGAUGAUCAAUGUCUACUUCAGAAUGACGGAUUUUUUCUGUAUCUGUUAUGCAAGGAUGGAUUGUACAAAAUAGGCUCUGGCUACAGUGGAACAGUGAGGGGCCAUAUAUACAAUUCUACAUCUCGCAUCAGAAACAGAAAAGAAAAAAAGUCUUGGUUAGGGUAUGCUCAGGGUUAUUUAUUGUAUAGAGAUGUGAAUAACCACAGCAUGACAGCCAUAAGAAUAAGCCCUGAAACACUGGAACAAGAUGGUACUGUAAUGUUACCAGAUUGCCACAAUGAAGGUCAAAAUAUUUUAUUCACUGAUGGAGAAUACAUUAAUCAGAUAGCUGCUUCAAGAGAUGAUGGCUUUGUUGUCAGAAUAUUUGCCACAAGCACUGAACCUGUGCUACAACAAGAAUUGCAACUUAAACUAGCCAGAAAAUGCUUACAUGCCUGUGGUAUCUCACUAUUUGACCUGGAAAAGGACUUGCAUAUUAUAAGUACAGGAUUUGAUGAGGAGUCAGCAAUUCUUGGUGCGGGACGAGAGUUUGCACUAAUGAAAACAGCAAAUGGAAAGAUAUAUUAUACUGGCAAAUACCAGAGUCUUGGAAUCAAACAAGGUGGUCCUUCAGCAGGAAAAUGGGUUGAGCUACCAAUUACAAAAUCUCCAAAGAUUGUACACUUCUCAGUUGGACACGAUGGCUCUCACGCCCUUUUAGUUGCAGAAGAUGGAAGCAUAUUCUUUACAGGAUCUGCUAGUAAAGGAGAAGAUGGAGAAUCAACUAAGAGCAGACGGCAAUCAAAACCCUAUAAACCUAAAAAGAUAAUUAAGAUGGAAGGCAAGAUUGUGGUGUAUACAGCCUGCAAUAAUGGAAGUAGUUCUGUUAUUUCUAAAGAUGGAGAGCUAUACAUGUUUGGAAAAGAUGCCAUUUACUCUGAUAGUUCAAGUUUGGUAACAGAUUUGAAAGGCCAUUUUGUAACUCAGGUGGCUAUGGGCAAAGCUCACACUUGUGUUUUAAUGAAGAAUGGAGAAGUUUGGACAUUUGGUGUAAAUAAUAAAGGACAGUGUGGACGAGACACUGGUGCCAUGAACCAAGGUGGGAAAGGGUUUGGAGUUGAAAAUAUGGCCACUGCAAUGGAUGAAGACCUGGAAGAAGAACUAGAUGAAAAAGAUGAGAAGUCCAUGAUGUGCCCUCCAGGCAUGCAUAAAUGGAAGCUGGAGCAGUGCAUGGUGUGCACUGUCUGUGGAGACUGCACCGGCUACGGGGCCAGCUGUGUCAGUAGUGGGCGUCCAGACAGAGUUCCCGGAGGGAUCUGUGGCUGUGGUUCUGGAGAAUCGGGCUGUGCUGUGUGUGGAUGUUGCAAGGCUUGUGCAAGAGAGCUGGAUGGUCAAGAGGCAAGACAGAGAGGCAUUCUUGAUGCAGUGAAAGAGAUGAUCCCUUUAGACCUUCUGCUAGCUGUCCCAGUACCCGGGGUUAACAUUGAAGAACACCUUCAGUUAAGACAAGAAGAAAAACGGCAGCGAGUAAUCAGGAGACACAGAAUAGAAGAAGGAAGAGGCCCCCUUGUAUUUGCUGGUCCUAUAUUUAUGAAUCAUCGAGAACAGGCUCUAGCCAGACUCAGAUCCCAUCCAGCACAGCUAAAGCAUAAACGGGACAAGCACAAAGAUGGAAGUGGAGAACGAGGGGAAAAGGAUGCAAGCAAAAUCACAACAUAUCCUCCAGGCUCCGUGCGGUUUGACUGUGAGCUCCGGGCUGUACAAGUCAGCUGUGGAUUUCACCAUUCAGGUAGCAGCUGGAACUUUAGGUGCAUGACCUCUGUUCAUAUCACAACGAAAAUAAAAACCAUCGGAUGGCAAAUUCUUCACCUCACAACUCUACAAAUGUACCUGCAUCCGGGAUGUCCCACACUUGUUCAAGCAUUGCCAGGCCCUAGCACACAAGUUACGGCAGGCAGCAACCACACGGCAGUACUUUUAAUGGAUGGACAGGUCUUCACAUUCGGAAGUUUUUCUAAAGGACAGCUGGGCAGACCGAUUCUGGAUGUUCCGUAUUGGAAUGCAAAACCAGCUCCCAUGCCUAACAUUGGAUCAAAAUAUGGAAGAAAAGCUACCUGGAUAGGUGCCAGUGGGGACCAGACUUUCUUACGAAUCGAUGAAGCACUUAUUAAUUCGCAUGUACUUGCCACAUCAGAAAUUUUUGCCAGUAAACACAUAAUAGGCUUAGUACCUGCUUCUAUAUCAGAACCUCCUCCAUUUAAAUGUCUUUUGAUAAAUAAAGUGGAUGGGAGUUGUAAAACUUUUAAUGACUCUGAACAAGAGGAUCUGCAAGGAUUUGGUGUAUGUCUUGAUCCUGUGUAUGAUGUCAUUUGGAGGUUUCGACCCAACACUAGAGAGCUGUGGUGUUACAAUGCAGUGGUUGCUGAUGCCAGACUUCCUUCUGCAGCAGACAUGCAGUCCAGAUGCAGUAUUCUAAGUCCUGAACUUGCCUUACCAACAGGAUCAAGGGCUCUCACCACCCGAUCGCAUGCAGCUUUGCACAUUCUAGGUUGUCUUGAUACCUUGGCAACUAUGCAGGAUUUAAAAAUGGGUGUUGCAAGUACAGAGGAGGAGACUCAAGCUGUAAUGAAGGUUUAUUCCAAAGAAGAUUACAGUGUAGUGAACAGGUUUGAAAGUCAUGGAGGGGGCUGGGGUUACUCUGCUCAUUCAGUAGAAGCGAUACGCUUUAGUGCUGACACUGAUAUUUUACUUGGUGGUCUUGGUCUGUUUGGAGGUAGAGGAGAAUAUACUGCUAAAAUUAAGCUGUUUGAGUUGGGUCCUGAUGGAGGAGAUCAUGAAACUGAUGGAGACCUUCUUGCAGAGACUGAUGUGUUGGCUUAUGACUGUGCUGCUAGGGAAAAAUAUGCAAUGAUGUUUGAUGAACCAGUUCUCCUGCAAGCUGGAUGGUGGUAUGUAGCUUGGGCUCGAGUGUCAGGACCCAGCAGUGACUGUGGAUCUCAUGGACAAGCUUCUAUUACCACAGAUGAUGGGGUUGUUUUCCAAUUUAAGAGUUCAAAGAAAUCAAACAAUGGCACAGAUGUGAAUGCUGGUCAGAUACCUCAAUUAUUAUACAGACUUCCAACCAGUGAUGGCAGUGCUUCAAAAGGCAAACAGCAAACUAGUGAACCUGUACACAUUUUAAAGAGAUCUUUUGCAAGAACUGUCUCAGUGGAAUGUUUUGAGUCAUUGUUGAGUAUUCUUCACUGGAGCUGGACCACCUUAGUCUUAGGAGUCGAAGAGCUUAGAGGACUAAAAGGAUUCCAGUUUACAGCUACACUUCUAGAUUUGGAGAGACUACGCUUUGUGGGUACCUGUUGUCUGAGGUUACUGCGUGUUUAUACCUGUGAAAUUUACCCAGUGUCAGCUACAGGAAAAGCAGUUGUAGAAGAAACUAGCAAAUUAGCAGAAUGCAUUGGAAAAACUAGAACUUUGUUAAGAAAAAUUUUGUCAGAAGGAGUUGAUCACUGCAUGGUGAAGUUGGAUAAUGAUCCUCAAGGAUAUCUCAGUCAACCCUUGAGUCUCCUGGAAGCUGUCCUUCAGGAGUGUCAUAAUACCUUUACCGCCUGUUUUCAUUCUUUCUACCCAACUCCUGCCUUACAGUGGGCUUGCCUUUGUGAUUUGCUGAAUUGUUUGGAUCAGGAUAUCCAAGAAGCAAACUUCAAGACAUCAAGUAGCCGACUCCUUGCAGCUGUUAUGUCAGCUCUGUGUCACACUUCUGUUAAGCUGACUUCUAUCUUCCCUAUUGCAUAUGAUGGAGAAGUACUACUACGAUCAAUCGUUAAGCAAGUUAGCACAGAGAAUGACUCAACACUGGUUCACCGUUUUCCCCUUUUAGUAGCACAUAUGGAAAAACUCAGCCAGAGUGAAGAGAAUAUCUCAGGGAUGACGAGCUUCCGUGAAGUUCUGGAGAAAAUGCUGGUGAUCGUCGUGCUCCCAGUCAGGAACAGCCUGCGCAGAGAAAACGAGCUCUUCUCCUCCCACCUGGUCUCCAACACCUGUGGGUUACUGGCCAGCAUUGUCAGUGAACUGACAGCCUCGGCCCUGGGAUCUGAGAUUGAUGGACUUAAUUCUCUCCACUCUGUUAAAGCCAGUGCUAACCGAUUCACAAAAACAAGUCAGGGAAGAAGUUGGAACACUGGGAAUGGGUCCCCUGAUGCAAUAUGUUUUUCAGUAGACAAGCCUGGAAUAGUUGUGGUUGGUUUUUCAGUAUAUGGAGGAGGUGGAAUUCAUGAAUAUGAAUUAGAGGUGUUGGUUGAUGAUAGCGAACAUGCAGGAGAUUCAACUCAUUCGCACAGAUGGACUUCUCUAGAAUUAGUCAAAGGAACCUAUACAACAGAUGAUUCACCCAGUGAUAUAGCUGAAAUCAGACUUGACAAAGUUGUUCCUUUAAAGGAAAAUGUUAAAUAUGCUGUGCGCUUGAGAAACUAUGGAAGCCGUACAGCCAAUGGAGAUGGAGGAAUGACCACAGUUCAGUGCCCUGAUGGUGUGACAUUUACGUUCAGCACAUGCAGUUUGAGUAGCAAUGGCACAAACCAAACCAGAGGACAGAUUCCACAGAUACUCUACUAUAGGAGUGAGUUUGAUGGAGAUUUACAGUCCCAACUUCUGAGUAAAGCCAAUGAAGAAGAUAAAAACUGUAGCAGAGCUCUCUCUGUGGUAAGCACCGUUGUUCGAGCUGCAAAAGACCUCUUGCACAGAGCUCUUGCUGUGGAUGCUGAUGACAUUCCAGAACUGCUUAGCUCUUCCAGUCUGUUUUCCAUGCUGCUUCCCCUUAUUAUAGCCUACAUAGGACCAGUAGCUGCUGCUAUUCCCAAGGUGGCUGUAGAAGUCUUUGGCCUUGUCCAACAGUUGCUUCCCUCAGUUGCCAUUUUGAAUCAGAAGUAUGCGCCCCCUGCAUUCAAUCCUAAUCAGUCAACAGAUAGCACCACAGGAAACCAGCCUGAACAAGGCCUCUCUGCUUGUACAACCUCUAAUCACUAUGCUGUCAUAGAGAGUGAGCACCCCUAUAAACCUGCAUGUGUGAUGCACUACAAGGUGACGUUUCCAGAAUGUGUACGGUGGAUGACAAUCGAGUUUGACCCUCAAUGUGGCACUGCACAGUCAGAAGAUGUCCUUCGUUUGUUGAUUCCUGUCAGAACUAUUCAAAAUUCAGGAUAUGGACCAAAAUUGACAUCUAUUCAUGAAAAUCUUAAUUCCUGGAUAGAAUUAAAGAAAUUUUCAGGAUCUUCUGGGUGGCCUACUAUGGUUUUAGUGUUGCCAGGAAAUGAGGCCCUUUUCUCAUUGGAGACUGCAUCAGAUUAUGUGAAAGAUGACAAAGCUUCUUUCUAUGGUUUCAAAUGUUUUGCAAUUGGAUAUGAGUUUAGCCCCGGACCUGAUGAGGGAGUCAUUCAUUUGGAAAAAGAAUUAGCUAAUCUUGGUGGGGUUUGUGCAGCAGCUUUGAUGAAAAAGGACCUAGCACUUCCUAUUGGUAAUGAAUUAGAGGAAGAUCUUGAAAUUCUUGAAGAGGCUGCAUUACAGGUGUGCAAAACCCAUUCUGGUAUUCUUGGAAAGGGUUUAGCUCUUUCUCAUUCACCAACUAUAUUAGAGGCACUGGAAGGAAACUUACCUCUUCAAAUCCAAAGCAAUGAACAGUCCUUCCUGGAUGAUUUUAUUGCUUGUGUUCCCGGAUCUAGUGGUGGAAGGCUUGCAAGGUGGCUUCAGCCAGAUUCCUAUGCUGAUCCUCAGAAAACAUCUUUGAUCCUGAAUAAGGAUGAUAUUCGUUGUGGUUGGCCAACCACCAUAACUGUUCAAACAAAAGACCAGUAUGGGGAUGUGGUACAUGUUCCCAAUAUGAAGGUGGAAGUGAAAGCUGUUCCUGUUUCUCAGAAAAAAACAUCUUUACAACAAGAACAAGUAAAGAAACCUCAAAGGAUCCCUGGCAGUCCUGCAGUAACUGCUGUACCUUCUAACACUGACAUGACUUUUGGCGGGCUGGCGUCACCAAAGCUGGAUGUUUCCUAUGAACCAAUGAUAGUGAAAGAGGCCCGAUAUAUUGCCAUAACAAUGAUGAAGGUUUAUGAAAAUUACUCAUUUGAAGAACUGCGUUUUGCAUCACCAACUCCUAAGAGACCCAGUGAGAAUAUGCUGAUCCGUGUCAAUAACGAUGGCACUUAUUGUGCAAAUUGGACUCCAGGGGCUAUUGGACUCUACACUAUUCAUGUUACCAUUGAUGGCAUUGAAAUAGAUGCUGGCCUUGAAGUAAAAGUGAAAGACCCACCAAAAGGGAUGAUACCACCGGGAACUCAGCUGGUCAAACCAAAGACCGAACCUCAACCAAAUAAGGUUCGAAAAUUUGUGGCCAAGGACAGUGCGGGGCUUCGUAUCCGAAGCCACCCUUCCCUUCAGAGUGAGCAGAUAGGCGUAGUGAAAGUCAAUGGAACUAUCACUUUUAUUGAUGAGAUCCACAAUGAUGAUGGUGUAUGGCUGAGACUAAAUGAGGAGACAAUAAAGAAGUAUGUUCCUAACGUGAAUGGCUACACUGAAGCCUGGUGCCUCUCUUUUAAUCAGCAUCUUGGCAAGAGUCUUCUGGUCCCUGUUGACGAACCUAAAACUAAUACUGAUGACUUUUUCAAAGACAUAAACUCCUGCUGCCCACAGGAAGCAACAAUGCAAGAACAGGAUAUGCCAUUCUUGCGAGGAGGGCCAGGCAUGUAUAAGGUAGUGAAGACGGGACCCUCCGGACACAACAUCAGAAGCUGCCCUAACCUUAGAGGUAUCCCAAUUGGAAUGUUAGUUCUGGGAAACAAAGUCAAAGCAGUGGGAGAGGUAACCAAUUCUGAAGGGACAUGGGUGCAGCUGGAUAAGAACAGCAUGGUAGAGUUCUGUGAGAGUGAUGAAGGCGAGGCAUGGUCCUUAGCUAGAGACAGAGGCGGAAACCAGUAUCUCCGACAUGAAGAUGAACAAGUUCUUCUGGAUCAAAAUUCUCAAACUCCUCCUCCAAGCCCUUUCUCAGUACAAGCUUUUAAUAAAGGAGCAAGUUGCAGUGCCCAAGGAUUUGAUUAUGGACUUGGAAAUAAUAAAGGUGACCGAGGAACUAUCUCAACAUCUUCUAGACCAGUCUGUACAUCAGGAAAAUCAGACCUGUCCUCCAAGUACAGCAGAUCAAUUAAACCUGAUGGACGCAUGAGCCGGACGACUGCUGAUCAGAAGAAGCCAAGGGGCACAGAAGGUUUAUCAGCUAGUGAGUCCCUCAUGUUGAAAUCGGAUGCUGCAAAGCUGAGGUCAGAUUCUCACAGCAGGUCAUUGUCCCCCAACCAUAACACUUUGCAGACACUGAAAUCUGAUGGGAGGAUGUCUUCUAGCUUCAGAGCUGAAUCCCCAGGACCAGGUUCUCGGUCAUCAUCUCCUAAGCCAAAGACUCUCCCAACCAGUAGGUCUAGCCCAUCGGGUGCUAGUUCUCCACGCUCCUCCUCACCACAUGAUAAAAAUCUACCUCAAAAAAGCACUGCGCCUGUUAAGACAAAACUUGACCCUCCUCGGGAGCGUUCCAAAUCAGAUUCUUACACACUUGAUCCAGAUACCCUCCGCAAGAAGAAAAUGCCCCUCACCGAACCAUUAAGGGGACGAUCAACAUCCCCCAAACCAAAACCAGUACCAAAGGAUUCAAAAGAUUCCCCCGGAUCCGAAAAUAGAGCGCCUUCUCCCCAUGUGGUACAAGAAAACCUUCACAGUGAGGUAGUUGAAGUCUGCACUUCAAGUACUUUAAAAACAAACAGUCUAACAGAUAGCACCUGUGAUGAAAACAGUGAGUUUAAGAGUGUGGAUGAAGGUUCAAAUAAAGUUCAUUUCAGCAUAGGAAAAGCCCCACUGAAAGAUGAACAGGACAUGAGAGCAUCCCCCAAAAUAAGUAGAAAAUGUGCUAAUAGGCACACCAGACCCAAAAAAGAAAAAUCUAGCUUUCUCUUCAAAGGAGAUGGAUCUAAACCCUUAGAGCCAGCCAAGCAAGCCAUGUCUCCGUCCGUGGCUGAGUGUGCCAGAGCAGUCUUUGCCUCUUUCCUGUGGCACGAAGGCAUAGUACAUGAUGCAAUGGCUUGUUCUUCUUUCUUAAAAUUUAAUCCUGAACUUUCCAAAGAACAUGCUCCAAUAAGAAGUAGUUUAAACAGCCAACAGCCUACAGAAGAAAAGGAAACCAAAUUAAAAAAUAGACACUCACUGGAAAUAUCAUCUGCACUGAAUAUGUUUAAUAUUUCACCUCAUGGACCAGAUAUAUCUAAAAUGGGUAGUAUCAACAAAAAUAAGGUGUUGUCUAUGCUUAAGGAACCACCUCUUCAUGAGAAAUGUGAGGAUGGGAAAACCGAAGCCACUUUUGAAAUGUCCAUGCAUCACCCAAUGAAGUCUAAAUCUCCUCUUCCUUUAACUUUACAACACUUAGUGGCUUUUUGGGAAGACAUCUCUUUGGCUACUAUCAAAGCAGCUUCCCAGAAUAUGAUUUUUCCAAGUCCUGGCUCUUGUGCAGUUCUUAAAAAGAAGGAGUGUGAAAAAGAGAAUAAGAAGGCCAAAAAAGAAAAAAAGAAAAAAGAAAAGGCAGAAGUUCGGCCCAGGGGUAAUUUGUUUGGCGAGAUGGCUCAGCUGGCAGUAGGAGGACCGGAGAAAGACACAAUCUGUGAGCUGUGCGGAGAGUCACACCCAUACCCAGUGACAUAUCACAUGAGGCAAGCUCACCCAGGCUGUGGCCGGUAUGCUGGUGGACAAGGUUACAACAGCAUUGGCCACUUUUGUGGAGGCUGGGCUGGUAACUGUGGUGAUGGGGGCAUAGGAGGGAGCACUUGGUAUCUGGUAUGUGAUCGCUGUAGAGAAAAAUACCUCCGUGAAAAACAGGCUGCUGCAAGGGAAAAGGUCAAACAAUCGCGGAGGAAGCCAAUGCAAGUCAAGACUCCCCGCGCCCUGCCCACCAUGGAAGCUCACCAGGUGAUCAGAGCCAACGCGCUCUUCCUGCUGUCCCUGAGCAGCGCGGCGGAACCCAGCAUUCUGUGUUACCAUCCUGCAAAGCCAUUCCAGUCCCAGCUUCCCAGUGUGAAAGAAGGCAUUUCGGAGGAUCUGCCAGUUAAAAUGCCUUGUCUCUACCUGCAGACAUUAGCUAGGCAUCAUCAUGAAAAUUUUGUGGGCUAUCAAGAUGACAACCUAUUCCAGGAUGAAAUGAGAUACCUGCGUUCAACAUCUGUACCUGCCCCAUACAUAUCAGUAACUCCUGAUGCAAGUCCUAAUGUGUUUGAGGAGCCAGAGAGCAAUAUGAAGUCUAUGCCACCAAGUUUGGAAACUAGUCCCAUAACUGAUACUGAUCUUGCAAAGAGAACUGUCUUCCAAAGGUCAUACUCAGUUGUUGCUUCUGAGUAUGAUAAACAGCAUUCUAUUUUACCUGCACGAGUUAAAGCCAUUCCUAGACGAAGAGUUAAUAGUGGAGACACUGAAGUUGGUUCUUCCCUCUUGAGACAUCCAUCUCCUGAGCUUUCCCGGCUAAUCUCAGCCCACAGCUCUCUUUCCAAAGGAGAACGAAAUUUCCAGUGGCCAGUUUUAGCUUUUGUUAUACAGCAUCAUGAUCUAGAAGGUCUUGAAAUAGCAAUGAAACAGGCCUUAAGGAAAUCUGCUUGUCGAGUUUUUGCUAUGGAGGCUUUCAACUGGCUUCUAUGUAAUGUCAUCCAAACAACUUCGCUCCAUGAUAUUCUAUGGCAUUUUGUGGCAUCAUUGACUCCUGCUCCAGUGGAACCAGAGGAAGAAGAGGAUGAAGAAAAUAAAACAAAUAAAGAAAGUUCCGAACAAGAGAAAGACACAAGAGUAUGUGAACAUCCACUCUCAGAUAUAGUGAUUGCAGGGGAAGCUGCUCAUCCUCUACCUCAUACAUUUCAUCGCUUACUUCAAACGAUCUCCGACCUUAUGAUGUCUCUCCCCAGUGGCAGCUCAUUGCAGCAAAUGGCCCUAAGAUGCUGGAGUCUGAAAUUCAAGCAAUCUGAUCACCAGUUCCUCCAUCAGAGCAACGUCUUUCAUCAUAUUAACAAUAUUUUGUCAAAAUCAGAUGAUGGAGAUAGUGAAGAGAGUUUUAGUAUCAGUAUACAGUCUGGCUUUGAAGCUAUGAGUCAGGAAUUAUGCAUAGUAAUGUGCUUAAAGGACUUAACUAGCAUUGUUGACAUAAAAACUUCAAGCCGACCUGCCAUGAUUGGCAGUUUGACAGAUGGUUCCACAGAAACUUUUUGGGAAUCGGGAGAUGAAGAUAAAAACAAAACAAAGAAUAUCACCAUCAACUGUGUAAAAGGAAUCAAUGCCCGCUAUGUAUCUGUUCAUGUGGACAAUUCCCGAGAUCUUGGGAAUAAAGUCACCUCAAUGACCUUCUUAACUGGCAGAGCAGUAGAAGAUUUAUGCAGGAUAAAACAGGUUGAUCUGGACUCCAGGCACAUUGGUUGGGUGACAAGUGAACUUCCAGGAGGGGAUAAUCACAUCAUCAAGAUUGAAUUAAAGGGCCCAGAAAAUACAUUGCGAGUUCGACAAGUAAAGGUCUUGGGCUGGAAAGAUGGUGAAAGCACAAAAAUUGCUGGCCAGAUUUCAGCCAGCGUGGCCCAGCAGAGGAACUGUGAAGCUGAGACUCUGCGAGUGUUCAGACUUAUCACAUCUCAAGUAUUUGGAAAGCUCAUCUCUGGAGAUGCUGAACCUACACCUGAACAAGAGGAAAAAGCACUAUUGUCAUCACCGGAAGGAGAGGAAAAAGUAUACAAUGCAACAUCUGAUGCUGAUCUGAAAGAACAUAUGGUUGGAAUCAUAUUCAGCAGGAGUAAACUAACUAACUUACAGAAACAGGUAUGUGCUCACAUAGUCCAGGCUAUUCGCAUGGAAGCCACCAGAGUUCGUGAAGAAUGGGAACAUGCCAUAUCAAGCAAAGAAAAUGCCAAUUCUCAGCCCAAUGAUGAAGAUGCCUCCUCUGAUGCUUACUGCUUUGAGCUGCUCUCGAUGGUUUUAGCACUGAGUGGCUCUAACGUGGGCCGGCAGUAUCUGGCUCAGCAGCUGACUCUGCUCCAGGAUCUCUUUUCCCUGCUACACACAGCAUCUCCUCGGGUCCAGAGACAGGUGACCUCCUUAUUAAGACGAGUUUUGCCUGAAGUGACCCCUAAUCGUCUGGCCAGCAUCAUAGGAGUGAAAUCCCUCCCCCCAGCAGAUAUUAGUGAUAUUAUUCACUCAACAGAGAAAGGAGAUUGGAAUAAGCUAGGUAUCUUAGACAUGUUUCUAGGAUGCAUUGCCAAAGCACUCACAGUACAGCUCAAAGCCAAAGGAACCACCAUCACAGGAACAGCUGGUACCACCGUGGGCAAAGGAGUUACAACAGUUACCCUUCCUAUGAUUUUCAAUUCCAGUUAUAUUCGACGGGGUGAAAGUCAUUGGUGGAUGAAAGGCUCAACUCCUACCCAGAUCUCUGAGAUCAUCAUUAAACUCAUUAAAGAUAUGGCAGCUGGUCAUCUGUCAGAAGCAUGGUCCCGAGUGACAAAAAAUGCCAUUGCAGAAACCAUCAUUGCCUUGACCAAGAUGGAGGAAGAAUUUAGAUCUCCAGUGAGAUGUAUUGCAACAACUAGGCUCUGGCUUGCUCUAGCAUCACUGUGUGUUCUUGAUCAGGACCAUGUCGACCGUCUCUCCUCAGGGAGAUGGAUGGGAAAGGAUGGACAACAAAAACAAAUGCCUAUGUGUGAUAACCAUGAUGAUGGUGAAACUGCAGCAAUCAUUUUGUGCAAUGUAUGUGGAAAUUUAUGUACAGACUGUGACAGAUUCCUUCAUCUUCAUCGGCGAACCAAAACUCAUCAAAGACAGGUCUUCAAAGAAGAAGAAGAAGCUAUAAAGGUUGACCUUCAUGAAGGUUGUGGUAGAACCAAACUAUUCUGGUUGAUGGCACUAGCAGAUUCUAAAACAAUGAAAGCAAUGGUGGAAUUCCGAGAACACACAGGCAAACCCACCACAAGUAGCUCAGAAGCGUGUCGCUUCUGUGGCUCCAGGAGUGGAACAGAGCUGUCUGCAGUUGGCAGUGUUUGUUCCGAUGCAGACUGCCAGGAAUAUGCUAAGAUAGCCUGCAGUAAGACGCAUCCUUGUGGCCAUCCAUGUGGAGGUGUUAAAAAUGAAGAGCACUGUCUGCCCUGUCUCCAUGGCUGUGAUAAAAAUGCCACAACACUGAAGCAAGAUGCUGAUGACAUGUGCAUGAUCUGUUUCACUGAAGCGCUCUCGGCAGCACCAGCCAUUCAGCUGGACUGUAGUCACGUAUUCCACUUACAGUGCUGUCGACGAGUUUUGGAAAACAGAUGGCUUGGUCCAAGGAUAACAUUUGGAUUUAUAUCAUGUCCCAUCUGCAAGAACAAAAUAAAUCAUAUAGUAUUAAAAGACCUGCUUGAUCCAAUAAAAGAACUCUAUGAGGAUGUCAGAAGAAAGGCCUUAAUGAGAUUGGAAUAUGAAGGUCUGCAUAAGAGUGAAGCUAUCACCACUCCUGGUGUGAGAUUUUAUAAUGACCCAGCUGGCUAUGCCAUGAAUAGAUAUGCAUAUUAUGUUUGCUACAAAUGCAGAAAGGCAUAUUUUGGUGGUGAAGCUCGCUGUGAUGCUGAGGCUGGACAAGGGGAUGACUAUGAUCCCAGGGAGCUCAUUUGUGGUGCCUGUUCCGAUGUGUCCAGGGCUCAGAUGUGUCCAAAACACGGCACAGACUUUUUGGAAUAUAAAUGUCGCUACUGCUGUUCAGUGGCUGUCUUUUUCUGUUUUGGAACAACACAUUUUUGUAAUGCUUGUCAUGAUGAUUUUCAAAGAAUGACUAGCAUUCCUAAGGAAGAACUACCACACUGUCCUGCAGGUCCCAAAGGCAAACAAUUAGAAGGAACUGAAUGCCCACUCCAUGUUGUUCAUCCACCCACUGGGGAAGAGUUUGCUCUGGGUUGUGGAGUGUGCAGAAAUGCUCACACUUUUUAAAACACUCAGAUUCCUUUGUCUAUAGAGAGAAAAGUUGCCUUCAUCCCCCAAGCGGAUGUGGUGAAGUUUAAACUCUGCUCAGGAUAAGGACGGGACCAUUUUUACAUCCAUGAAAAUGAACCAUUCACAGUGCAAGAAGGAUGCCAAAUACCAUGUACAUAAUUCUUGCUGUGGAAAGUUUCCCCAUUAUUUUGGUUUAUUUUCUUUUGAGCCAAGACAUCAAACUUGUGAGGUGUUUGCAUGUGGCCAUUACCGUCAUUGGCCUGUGAAGCAUUGGACAUUUAUAGAUAAUUGAUAUAAGAGAAUCACCAUGCCCAUGGACUAAGAAUGAUGCUGGCUUUCAAGCAAAAAAGACAAAUAAUCAUUGUUGAUUGUAUACUGCCUUUUUGUAAUCCUGUACAAUUGCAUCACGGGUGGGGAUAAAAAGAGGAAUAUUCUGGUUUAUUUCCUAGACUGUUAUUUAAAAAAAAAAAUCGUGUUAGGACAGCAUAUAAAUGUAAUAAGUAUCACACUGUAUAUAAAGAUAUCAAUGUUUGUCCUCUAUAAGAAUUACUAAAUUACAAAUGCAGUUUCAUUUAAACUUCUAGGUUAAGUUUGAGCCUGAAAUUUUAAUGAAGUGCAAUACUGAGUGUGCCUCAUUAUCUUGCAGCUGUAAACAUAUUGGAAUGUACAUGUCAAUAAACCACUGUACAUUUUUAUACAGUGAUAAAGUCUAA